AUGGCAUCGAACCCUCACAGAGGCGGUGCGGGUGGUUCCCUCUACGGCGGCGCCGCUCCAUACAGAUCAAGAGAUGGACUAAGCACUAGAACCGGUGCUGGUUCAGAGGAAAUCCAGCUAAGGAUUGAUCCCAUGCACUCUGAUCUUGAUGAUGAGAUCACUGGUCUCCAUGGCCAAGUCAGACAAUUGAAAAAUAUUGCUAAAGAAAUUGGGUCAGAAGCCCAGUUUCAGAAGAACUUCUUAGAUGAGCUGCAAGUUACGUUGAUGAGAGCGCAAGCCGGGGUGAAGAACAACAUAAGGAAGCUGAACUUGAGCAUCAUACGUAGUGGAAACAACCACGUCAUGCACGUUGUUCUUUUCGCACUCACGUGCUUCUUUAUUCUCUACAUGUGGUCUAAGAUGUUCAAAAGAUGAAAGAGAGACUCACGAUGGCAUUGCGUAUGAUAUGCUUGAUGACUAAGGUUGAAAGAUUGUAGAAAAUAUCUUUUAGUUAACGACAUUUUGUGGUUCUUCUCGUUCCCCGUUAUAUAGAGUGCUUAGUUUGAACAGUUACAUUACACAUGUUUCUCUAUUCGAAUUGUUUGUUAAACCGGUUUUAAAUCUGGUCUUAACCCGAUUCAUGAGAUGUCAAAUUGCUAAUUGCUAAAGUGAGUCUCGGCGAGUUGUGACAAUAUGAGGCGAUUGUUGGGCUU